AUCUUGUCCAGCACCAACAUGGCCUCCGACGCCUCCCCAGACGUUCCCAAGGGCAGGAAGCGGUUCGUCCCGCUCGAAAACAACCCAGAGGUCAUGACGGGCCUCGUCCACAAGCUCGGCCUGUCUGAGAAGCUGGCCUUCCACGACGUCUUCAGCAUCGACGAGCCGGAACUCCUUGCUUUUGUGCCGCGGCCUGCCCACGCCCUGCUGCUUGUUUUUCCCGUCAGCCAGACAUACGAGAAGUUCCGCAUCCAGGAAGACCAGGAAAAGGCAGAAUACCAGGGACACGGCCCGGAGGAAGAGGUUAUCUGGUACAAGCAAACCAUUGGCAAUGCUUGUGGGCUGAUUGGCCUUCUCCACGCUGUAUCUAAUGGAUCAGCGCGCCCGCACAUGCAACCCGACUCUAAUCUUGCCAAGCUCGUCCACGAUGCCAUACCACUCAAGCCUGCUGAGCGCGCCGAUCUACUUUACGAAUCCGAAGCACUAGAGAGCGCUCAUCAGAGCGCGGCGUCAGGCGGGGACACGGCUGCCCCCCAGGCGGAUUCCGACGUGGAUCUGCACUAUGUCUGCUUUAUCAAAUCAGACAAGAACCGGCUGUGGGAGCUUGACGGGCGCCGCAAAGGUCCCCUUGAUCGUGGUGCGCUAGCUCCCGAUGAGGAUGUUCUCAGUGAACGGGCCCUAGACCUUGGGGUGCGUAGUUUCCUCAAGCGCGAAGCUGAAGCCGGAGGCGGCGAGCUGCGCUUCAGUCUGAUCACACUAGCCGAGUCAUUCUAGGCCGACUGUAAACCAUGGAAGCCUGCGGGUUCGGCCCAAGAUCAGGGGAAACAUCAUACGUCAUGUGUGGUGAACAUGACCACGACUACUCUUGGCAUUGUCGCAGUCUUGUCUGAGGAGGGUGAGCGACGUCGAUGACUACAAGCCAUGCGGAUGCUUCAAUAGGUUGACAUACAGCAAGCCACUGUCCUUGUACGCAUGUCAUGACGCCUCAGGGCAUGCCCGCCUGAACAAAGUUCGGAAAUAGCAAAUCACUGCUCUAGCAGCCUUGAGC